UGGUGAGGGAAAGAAGAUGCGACACUCUCCCGUGACAAUCAGUUGUUACGAAGGAUCUCGCGGUGCCGGUUGUUAUCGAGGAAUUUCGCUACCGUCUCUACCUGGCAGCUUCAUUUCGUUAGUUUCGAUCGUCGAGCGAAUCGCGAACAGAGUUUACGAUCAUGCAGACAACCGCUCACUGUACAAGAGGAUCAUGCGGGCCUCCUGGACCAGGAUACAAAACCCCGAGGGAGGCGAUGCUCAAAGGACCUCGAGAGGGAAUCUUAUACGUCAUCUGCCCUCAACCGGAUCCAAAAAAACCGGAUGUCUUGGCGACCGUUGAUGUGGACCCCAAAAGUCCAACGUAUUGUCAGAUCGUUCAUAGACUCCGAAUGCCGAACUUGGGCGACGAACUUCACCAUACGGGAUGGAACAUUUGCAGCAGUUGUUACGAUUCCCCGAGGAAACGUGACACUCUGGUGCUGCCUUGUUUGGUUUCGGAUCGCGUCUAUUUCGUGGAUGUUUCGGAAGAGAGGGAACCGAAAAUAAAGAAGACUAUAGAGCCGGAAGAAAUGCACAAAUGGGGUCUGGCGACUCCACACACGUCGCACUGUUCACCGACCGGUGAGAUAAUCAUUUCAACAAUGGGGAAACCGAACGGCGAUGCUCGUGGAAAUUUUCUGACCGUCGACAGCGAAACCCUCGAGAGCAAGGGCGUCUGGUCCAAGGACGACGCGCAAUUUGGUUACGAUUUUUGGUAUCAACCACACCACGACGCUCUCGUUGCCACCGAAUGGGCGACACCUAAAUUAUUCAAAAGAGGAUUUCAAUUGAGCGACGUCACCCCCGAACACUACGGAAGCAGUCUGAACUUUUACUCCUGGAAUGAAAAAAAAUUACUGCAGACCGUAAACCUCGGUAAGGAAGGUCAGGCACCCUUGGAAACGAGAUUUCUUCACGACCCGACGGCGGCCGAAGGAUUCGUCGGGUGCGCGAUCAAUGCGAACAUCUUUCGUUUUUUCAAAAAUUCCAGCGGUCAAUGGGUAACUGAAAAGGUCAUAGACGUUCCCGCUAAAAAAGUCGAAGGCUGGAUCGCGCCGGAAAUCCAAGGGAUGAUCACCGAUAUUCUUCUCAGUUUGGACGACAAGUAUCUCUACUUUUCGAACUGGCUUCACGGUGACGUCAGACAAUACGAUAUAACCGACAGAAGAAAUCCAAAAUUGAUAAGUCAAGUUUUUCUGGGCGGAAGCAUCCUCUCGGAUGGUAAGAUACGUGUCCUCGAGGAUAAAGAGUUGGACAAGCAGCCUGAUCCGGUGUUUGUCAAGGGUCGACGUCUCCACGGUUCUCCGCAGAUGCUUCAGCUGAGUUUAGACGGAAAACGUCUUUACGUCAGCACCUCCAUAUUCUCCGUAUGGGACAAGCAGUUCUACCCGGAUCAUGUCAAGCACGGUUCGACGAUAGUGAAACUCGACGUCGAUAUUGAAAACGGAGGUAUGACUUUGGACAAGGAUUUCCUCGUAGACUUCGGCCUCGACAAGGAUGAAAUUCUCCUCGCUCACGAGAUGAGAUACCCCGGCGGAGAUUGCACAUCAGAUAUCUGGCUACCGGAGACGUAAAGUUGUCUCUGUUCUUUCUCUCCGUUGCUCUCAGGAUUAAAUCUAACACACAAAUUAUAUUAAUGGUAUCAAACAAUCGUGGGGCCGCGUCAUUAUUAUUAUUAUUCGUAUCCCACCAUAUAUUUUUUUAUGUGUUUCGUCACAGAACUGAACGUAGAAAAAAAGAAGUAUGAAUUAAACGCACAUUAGAUGAAAAAAAUAAAAAAAAAAAAAAAAAAAAAAAAUAACUGCUUGAGUCACGCCCCAAUAUUUCUCAUUCUUUCUCAUUGUUCGAAGCAAUGAGGCUUUACUGCUCUUUGUCUCUCCACCGAAAAAUCUGGUUACACCCAACGAUCGUUUUUGACAAUAGCCGGAAGUUAGUGAAAGUUAUAAUAUAUACAUAACAUAAUUACGAGCAAAGUGGCCGUGUAAUUAUUCAAGAUCGUUAAAAAAACCCUUACUUUCGGGCAUGGCGCCCGUAUCGUAAACAAAUAAGGAUGGUUUUCGUCGAAUAAAAGGAGCGAGAAUGGAAAAGGGAGACAAAAGUAGAAUGAAAA